AUGCAAACAACAGCUUUGGUGUUUCAGUUGGGCUUGACUACUGUGCAUCACAUUGUUAAACAGUGCUGUGCAGCUAUUUGGGAGACUUUAGCACCAAUAUAUUUAAAACCACCAACAACUACUGAGGAGUGGAAAAAAAUUGCAAGUGAAUUUUAUACAUUUUGGGACUUUCCCAAUUGCUUGGGAGCAAUAGACGGGAAACAAAUCAGCAUUCAAACUUCUGCAGGCUCAGGAUCGUUGGAUUUAAAUUAUAAAAAAGAUGUUAGUAUUGUUUUACUAGCAUGUGCAGAUGCCUCAUAUAGGUUUACAUUCAUAGAUGUGGGUGCAUACGGGUUUCAAAAUGAUGGAGGUCUAUUUGGCGAAUCAAUAUUUGGACUCGCUUUUGAUACGAAAGCAUUAAAUGUCCCUUCACCGUCUUAUUUGCCAGGAACAGAAACUCGAAUGCCAUAUACAUUAGUAGCAGACAAAUCUUUUCCUUUAAAAUCUCACAUUAUGCGUCCUUAUCCAGGUAAAAAUGUACAACUGAGAGAACUUGCGCGGUGGCGCAUUCUACGAACAACUAUCGUAGCAAAAGCUGAAAAUGUUGAUAAUAUAGUAAAAGCAGCUGUUUGCCUACAUAAUUUUGUUAAAAAAGAAAACGAGACUGUGUACUGUCCACCAGGAUAUGUAGAUUCGGCUGAUGCUGAAGAUGGUCUUUGGCGAAGUGAAAUUGAAGCCCUUCCCUCUGUUGGCAGAGGUUCUAAUUUGGACGCAGACGAUUUGAAGAUAUAUCACAAAGUGUCAACACUUGAAGACUGUCUCUUAAUACAAAAAGGCAUGAAUGCGCUAAUGUCUUGGUGUUUAAGUAAUCGUUUGCUGUUAGGAGUAAUAUUUGACGAGAAACUGACUUUUACUCAACACAUAAUUCUAUAG